GUCGCGCGGCACGGUCAUGGCGGAGCAGUACGUGCAGUACCUGAGGCGGCUGCUGCUGCUGCUGCGGACGGUCUUCCACCUGGUGUACCUGGUGUCCGACAUCGCCACCGUCAUCUACACGGUGGUGGUGAUGGUGCGGAAGACCAGCGAGCCCGGUGCCAGCGAGCGGCUGCUGGACAUGCGGGAUAACGCUCCUGCCUUCCUCACUAAUUGGAACAUGGCGUUCCAGGGGUUGUUCCUGGUGCUGGCGGUGUGGGCGGACGGGCUGGAGUGGGGCGGGCGGACGCGUGGGCGGCUGGGUGGCUGGGUUAUAUAUCUCCGCGAUGUCAUUUUCUGCGCUCUCGUUACGCCUUACGCUGUGUUCCUGUCGCACAGCUUCUGGGCGAUUUAUUGGUACGACCGCGAAUUGGUGUUCCCGCGCGUAUUCGACGAGGCGCUGCCGUGGUGGUUCAACCACUGCGUGCACACCAACAUCAUCGUGAUGGUGGCGCUGGAGACGCUGCUGCAGGCGCGCCCCUAUCCCACCUCCAGGAAGCACGAGGAGGCGCUGUACUGGACCGUCUCCAUUGUAUACGCCGCCAUGAUGUACAUCUUGUACCUGGUGACGGGGCACUGGCUGUACCAGAUCUUCGGCGUGAUGACCUGGUGGAAGACGGUGCUGUUCCAGCUGUACAUGUGGUUCACGCCCUACCUGGCCUACCGCCUUCAGUUCCCCCUGAACAGGCUCAUCCACGGCUCAGCUGAAGCGCAGUACUACCGCCAGUGCUUGGACUACACACAAAUCUCGAAACAAGAGAAGCAGAUAAGAGAGGAGGACUUAUAGUGGAAGCUGUAAAGAGAGAGAAAGAAAGAGUUAGUGUGAUGACGAGGCUCUGAGAAAAUAAGAUUUCUAGCGAGAAGACGUCUAUAAAAUGUUAAUUGGCCAAGAGACAAAAUAUAUGCAUAGAACAUUGAAAAGUGCUUAGAUUAGAUGAA